AUGCUGGACGACCUGCCGGACGAGAUCGUCGUCCACAAGAUCCUCAUCAGCCUGCCGCCCAAGGACGUUGGCCACUGCCGCGCCGUUCGCAGGUCCUGGCGCGACACCACCACCACGCCUGAGUUCACGCUCGCACACCACCAACGCCAGCCCUCGCUCCCCAUCAUCGAUGGCCUCCCCUCCCGCUUGUUAGUUUUCUUUAAGAUCGUCGUCCACAAGAUCCUUGUCAGUAUGCGGCCCAAGGACGUUGGCCGCUGCCGCGCCGUUCGCAGGUCCUGGCGCGACCCCACCACCACGCCCGAGUUCACGCUCGGGCACCACCGCCACCAGCCCUCUCUCCCCAUCGUCGACAGGCUCCCCUCCCGCUUCGUUGUCCUCCAUGGUGGCAGCGGUGACGGCGCCGUCUCCGACCAGCAGCUCUGGGCCUUCCACCCGAACCCCACACUCAGUGGCCCGAUCUGCCUACACGCUUCCACGGACGGGCUCCUCGUCAUCUCACACGGAUGCCGGUUCCACAUCUACAGCCCGGCCAUCCGCCGGCACGCUCUGCUGCCGCAGCCCGAGCAUACUCUCCCCUGCAACAGCAUACUCGACCUCUACCGGCACGGCACAACCGGGGAAUACAGGGUGCUCUGGUCUUCAACAACGGGGGAUGAAACAGCGUUGCACGUUCUCACCGUGGGAGACAACGAGUCGAGGAGCGUCAGGGUCACAAUGCCGUCCUCGCCUUCCCUAGAGCAGGCAGUGCUCCAGGGGCUACCCCGGGACACCCAUUACACCGGCGCCGCCACCGAUCAUCCGCCGGUCCACCACCGUGGCAAUCUGCACUCGAUGCGCAGACAUCGUGGCGCCACGGACACGGCAGACAUUGCGGACAUCAUCGUGUUCGACGCACAAGCCGAGUCAUUCCGGUUGAUGCACACCCCUGUCAAGCUCGCUUAUUUGGAUAAGCUGUUAGAGAUGGAAGGGAAGCUUGCUCUGUACAGCAUCGACCACCGCCUCACCGCUAUAAAUGUCUGGGUGAUGCAGGAGUACGAGGCUGAGAUCUGGGCCUUCAUGUUCCGGAUUGACGUCUCAAUGAUGGAGGCAUCACAGCAACUUUACUUAACUUCUUACACGAAGAAGAAGAAACCACUCGAAUCAACGGUGCAGUACUUCACUCAAAUGGCUGUGCUCAAUGAGCGUGAGCUGCUCAUCAGGUUUAACGAAAAACAUGUGCUGCGCUGCGACGUUGAUGGGAAUUUCUUAGGUAUACUGAACAUCGGAAAGUUUCAAUCUUGUAUGUUGCUCACUCAGCACCGCCUCCAGGAUAGCAUCAUUCCGAUACCACCCCAUACGUGA